AUGGAGCCUUCCUCGUUUCCACUGGCUCUGAACUUCAUUGCCUCGGAGAUGCAGCCCUUGGUGGCGCUGUCUCUAUGGGGACGGGGAGCAAUGGGUCCCAUCGGAUCCGGAAUCCUCUUCUCGUACCCACAACUUGCCACCAUCACGGGAGUGCAGGGCGUGGUGGUAUAUGCGCUCUCAUCGGCCCUCCCGCUGCUGAUCUUUGCCGCGCUGGGGCCCAAGAUCCGCAACAAGUGCCCUGAGGGCUUCGUGCUCACCGAGUGGACGAGAGAGCGCUACGGCAAAGUCACAGCAUUAUACCUGAGCUUCAUGUCACUCGUCACGCUGUUCUUGUACAUGGUCGCCGAGCUGUCCGCCAUCGGGCAGGUUAUCAGCACACUGACGACCAUGAACCCUCUGCCCGUCAUGAUUGUGCAGUGCAUCGUGACGACGGCCUACACAUCCAUGGGCGGCUUCAAGAUCUCAUUUUUGACCGACAACGUCCAAGGCGCAAUGGUCCUCGGCCUGAUACUUAUUGCAACCAUUGCUAUUGGCGUCGAGACCCGUAUCGACCUUGCCCUGAUCGAUUCAUCCGGGCUGACGAAGCCCACCUUGCUCGGCUGGCAGCUCCUCUACAUUCUCCCCGUAGCCAUCUUGACCAACGACUUUUUCCUGUCCAGCUUUUGGCUGCGUACUUUCGCCUCGAAGACCGACAAGGACUUGUGGAUUGGCAUCAGUCUGGCUACCGGCGCCAUCCUCUGCAUCCUCACUCUUGUUGGCGUCACGGGACUGGUAGCCGUCUGGUCAGGAGCAUGGCCCGGCCCUGAUAACGCAGACGGCUCCGUCGCCUUCUUCAUGCUGCUUCAGCAGCUGCCCAACUGGGUCGUCGGCAUGGUGCUGCUCAUGGCUGUGACGCUCAGCACGGCCGCCUUUGACAGCCUGCAGAGCGCCAUGGUGUCUUCGGCUUCCAACGACCUGUUCCGCAACCGUCUGGGCGUGUGGCCGAUCCGGGCCGCCGUCGUGCUCGUCAUGAUUCCCGUCAUCGUAAUCGCCCUGCGUGCGCCCAGCAUCCUCCAGAUAUACCUCAUCUCGGACCUCGUCUCGGCCUCAACCAUCCCCGUCCUGGUUCUGGGCCUCUCGGACCACUAUUUUUACUGGUGGCGCGGCUUUGACGUCGUCUGCGGCGGGCUCGGAGGCAUCUUGUCCGUCUUCAUCUUCGGCACCGCGUACUACGGCAGCGCACAGGCUGGCGGCGAGCUCAUCCUGCUGCAGCAGGGCCUGUACACGGGCGACUGGGGCGUGUUUGGUGCAUUUGUGGCCGCCCCGGCCGGAGGCCUCAUCUUUGCCUUCCUUGCCAUGCUGGGCCGCGUCGGCUUCCUCUUCGUCAGAGCCAAAAUGAUAGGAGCUCCGUUCACCGCCUUCGACCGGCCUAUGGCAGAGGUGGCGCUGCCGGCCCGAGCCGAGCCUGAGUAUGAAGAUGGAGAAUUGCGCGAGGAGGACUCCAUCACGGAGCAGGAGCCGGGGAUCAGUGGCAAAGUCGGCAAGUUCUUCUAUUGA